CCCUUCUCCGUUUAUACAGAUUUCUUCACUUUUGCACAAAUGCGGAUACCUCCACCCCCUCACACGUCUACCCCCCUUCUUAAUAUGUAGCUUAUUAAAUUAGUUUCGCCCCGUUUAGUGUCCCCCUCUCAUCCUCCCGCUGGAGUGUCGCCGUCCUGGUCGGUUGUGUUUACGAAUCCUGCCUGCAAAGCCACGUACAGAAAGCCAAUUAAAAUAGCUGUUGUGCCUAGUUACAACUCACCGGUUAGCUCGACAGUUUGUUGAGGAUGUUAAAAAGUGAAGAAAAAUUGAAUGUCUUUUAAUAAUGCACAUUUAAAGGGAAGCUUCUCAACAACGGUUUCGAUUACAGCAUUAACAUAUUCAGGUGUUUCCUCAGAGAAAACAGAGGAGAAGAUUCCCAGAGAUCUGUCCAACUCGUCCUAUCGACGAGCGCAUGGCAGUAAACCACUCGCCGGAAGAUUAAACCAAGCGCCCUCGGCCCCCAGAGCGUUGCCCUCGUCGAUGCCGCUCGGCCCCCGUCGUUGCAAAUGGCUUGCUGCUUGAAGGACGAGCUCCUCUGUUCCAUCUGCCUCAGCAUCUACCAGGACCCCGUCAGCUUCGGCUGCGAGCACUACUUCUGCAGGAAGUGCAUCACCGAGCACUGGAGCAGGCAGGAGCUCCACGGGGUGCGCGACUGUCCCGAGUGCCGCAGGACCUUCACGGACCCCCUCCUCUCGCCCAGUCUCAAGCUGUCCAACAUCGUGGAGCGCUACUCGGCCUUCCCGCUGGACGCCAUCCUCAACGCCCAGCGGAGCUCCUACCCCUGCAAGGACCACGAGAAGGUCAAGCUCUUCUGCCUCACCGACAAAAGUCUGGUGUGCUUCUUCUGCGACGAGCCGGCGCUACACGAGCAGCACCAGGUGACGACGAUCGACGAGGCGUACGAGGAGAUACAGGAGCUCUGGAGGCUUUCCAGAUCUACAAUCCUGAAAGAGAGCAUGAAGCGCACGGAGGGGCCCGUCCCACCACCAGCUUGGCACGCUCGCCCUUCCACAUCCACAAGUGGGGCGGUCGGGUUCGCAAAGUCUCAUUGCUUCACCAGACGAACACAAACAUCGGCGCGAGGCGGCGGAUGGAUGGUGCAAUUAUUUUCUUUAAGAUUACAAAGUAAAAGGGAGAUGAAGGAGCAGCUGGCCACCCUGCAGGACAGUGAGAAGGGACACACUGAGGCCCUGCAGCUCCUGCAGAGACAACUUACUGAGACCAAGUCCUCAGCCAAGAGUCUGCGCGCAACCAUCGGCGACGCGUUCGAGCGCCUCCACCGCUUCCUGCGCGAGCGCCAGAAGAGCAUGCUGGAGGAGCUGGAGACGGACACGGCCCGCAAGCUGGCCGACAUCGAGCACAAGAUCCAGCGCUACAGCCAGCAGCUGCGCGACGUCAAGGAGGGCAUCCAGAUCCUGCAGGAGCGCCUCAACGAGACGGAAAGGCACGACUUCCUGGAGGGAAUAGCCGUCACAUCUGAGAGGUGCUUCACCUGCUCCGAGUUUGCUAAAGCAGUCCCAGUAUCAUCACUGCGCUGCGAUAAGAACGAAAAUGUGGUUGUAAACACAUUCGCUUCAAGACGGAUCAGGAUAAAAGGGAAGAUACAUGAGACCAAUCUGACGUAUGAAGACUUCCCGACAUCCAAGUACAUGGGGCCCUUACAGUACACAAUAUGGAAGUCUCUCUUCCAGGAUAUCUCACCGGUGCCGGUGGCGUUGACCCUCGACCCCAUCACCGCCCACCAAAGACUGAUCCUCUCGGACGACUGCACCAUAGUGGCCUACGGGAAUCUCCACCCGCAACCCCUGCAGGACUCCCCACGCCGCUUCGACGUGGAGGUCUCCGUUCUGGGCGCCGAAGGCUUCAUGUCGGGGGUCCACUACUGGGAGGUGAUGGUGUCGGAGAAGACCCAGUGGAUGAUCGGCGUGGCCCACGAGACAGUCAGCCGCAAGGGCAGCAUCCAGAUCCAGCCCAGCCGCGGCUUCUACUGCAUCGUCAUGCACGACGGCAACCAGUACAGCGCCUGCACCGAGCCGUGGACCCGCCUCAACGUGAAGAGCAAGCUGGAGAAGGUGGGCGUGUACCUAGACUACCACAAGGGCCUGCUCAUCUUCUACAAUGCAGACGACAUGUCCUGGCUCUACACCUACCGGGAGAAGUUCCCCGCCAAGGUCUUCCCCUACUUCAGCCCGGGCCAGAGCCACGCCAACGGCAAGAACGUGCAGCCGCUGCGCAUCAACACCGUACGCCUUUAAGAGCCGCAGCCACAGAUGAGACUUUCAGGAAAUCUAUUUAAAAAAAUAUGAUAAUAAUAGAAAAGUUCAAAUUUUAACGGGGGGUGUGUGAAAUGUUUAUUCCUUUGAUUCCAGUUAAGAAUUGUCCAUGAUGUUGCUGUUAAAGCCUGCGCUGUUAUUUUUGUGUCACUUGAAACGAUUGUACAAAAACGGCCUUGAGCCUCAUUCCGCAUCUUUAAUUGAGAAGAUGACACUAAGUGGAGACCGAGAGACCUCCGGGGGAUCUUCUGCCGUCUGUGGCAGUGAUGUUAAAAUUAAAAGAAUUUAAAUGUAUAAAGAGUUCACCCUCUUAAAGCACCCAGGGCCACCUUGCACUCUCCCAGGGGACGUUGCUCUCCCUUCUAAAGGGCCGGGCUUGCACGACUUCCUGUCUCCUCUCUUUCCAGGACAGGGGACGCUGAUGUCACUGUGCUCUCCUUCUUUCGUGCUGUGCAGUUGGCUUAGCUCUGUGUGCGCAGCGUCCAGCAGUGGACCUUGAACCCCCGGGUCCGUUGACACUUUAUACCCCCGUCUGAGCCCGUGACCUCGGUUCCCCCGCGGGUCACGUAACUGAAUCAAAAAGCUGGGCGUAGGCGUCCCUGUCCCCCCCCGUCCCCCCGUCCAGUCACACCCAUGUAGGAAAGUGUGUUUGGAGCUGGAGGUCCAGAAAUAUGCUGCUAUGAUGCAUUGAGGAUUUGCAUGUUUGGGUUCGGGUUCAUAGAACAAAGGUCUCUCAUCAUGCUGGCUCUUGUUUAGAGUUUCUGCACCAAAACCUCAAGUGAGCCACGGACCAGCACACACCAAGAACACCUGUGGGUCGUUCUGUCCACUCCUGUGUUGACUUUUGAGCACAGUCUGCUUCCAGCCGUGAUGUUUGACCAUAUGUCUUAAAAUGCAAAGAACGUUAAAUUAAGUUGGAGGCCUCUCUCGGUUCCCACCUCGGCACCGUGCCCCGGGCCAACAGUCCACCUUGGGAUAACUUUGCUGCUUUUCACACGCACAUCGUUAACCCAGAGUUGACCUGAGCCCAGGGCUGUACGAUCCACGCUGCUGCCCCGGGGUCACAUGCUGUUAACAUUCGGCGCUCCGUGGCUGAGGCGGGAGUCCGGGUUGGACUUCUUUGGGACGUGCCGGUGUGGGAGCUCAGCGAGGAGGGAAGCCGCCCGACUGCUGUAGAAGCUUAACUUCUCCGAUUUGAACCUCUGAAAGGUUGCAGAUGAAAUAAUACUCAAGCUCCACAGAGACCCGAUCGCUCUUAUUUGAGAUCAUAUAAAUAAUAAUAAUAAAUAAAAUCAAAGCUGUGUGUUUUGGGAAGUAGCAAUUAUCAAGGAAAAUAGUAAAGAAAGAACUGGCUCUUUAUUAUGCUAUUCCUGUGUGACUGGCACAGGGCCGCGGCUGUUUACUGAAUCUCUAAUAAUUUCCCUGAGGCUCGCCCGUGUUUAUUUCUUCGGCCCGAGGUGCUUCAAGUGCUGCUGUUUAUCAUUAGUUGGACACGGGUCCCUCGGAACACGUCCGGCCUAUUGAGAGACGUGUCUGUGGGUGGACAGCGAGGUUUGCGGCGGCUGCUUCGGCUGUACGGUUUAAAUCCAGCUUUGGUUGUGCUUGCUAAAGCCCAUCUGGUCCUCCCAGCACAUCCAUGCUGCAGCCAAACGUGAUCAUUUUGGAAUCGGGUACAACAGGUACAUUUCCAAAAGAAGAACAAACUAAAAUAAAAAUCAUCACACUUCCUUUUCCGCUGUGCAUUUGUGUGUGUUGUCCGUGUUGUCCAUGUAAAGGGAAAUUGGGUGCAGUGCUCUUGUUUUUGUAGGUGCAGUAGGAUGCAAACUACGGUCUGCCAGUGAUUCUCGGCAUUUGGUUUAACUUUUACAAAUCUGGAGGAUGCUCUUUCAGAUAUAGAGGUAUUUUUUCCUGGUCAUUCCUCAAACUGAAGUAAAUACCAGCCAGCUGGUGCUUCAAAACAAAUGCAUACAUUUGACCCCAGUUUGCUGUGUUUCUGACUUUGUUUGAAUAUUAGUAAGGGGAUUAUUUUCAGGUGGUGUUGGGUUCUUGGUGAUGGUAAUGACGUGAUUUGUCACAACAAUUUAUGAUAACUGACACUUUUAAUGAUUGUUCUUUUUGAUGAUGGCCCCUGUGCACCCAUCAUUGUGUGAACACACUGUAGUGUGCUUUAGCUGCAGCUGAGGUUUGUGGGUAAUGUAUUAAUGUACAAUAAAUUACUGCAAAAAAUCUGUUUGUCUCUUUAUCUGUGUCCUUCAAUGCAUUAAAAUAGAGACUGUAGUGCAUUGAUAGGUUUUUAAAUUAAAAGGUAAUAAUCUAACUAGUUUACAGUAGCCAUGACUGAAUGAAUAACCGAUGGGUCAGACACUGAAUUGUACUGUAUUAAAUGUGAAUGAAGUCGUGUUAAGGCCAAUGCUUUUAUAAAAGCACUUUAGCAUACUAGAUUGAAACAUCCCCUGUUUGCAAUCUGAGGGUUUGAAAAGCUAGAUAAUUUAAUAUGAAAAAUAAAAAUGUAUCUGCAUCAUA